AUGUUUCGUUGGCUCCUAAAGUGCUGCGGGAUCAGUGUGGACGAUGCACGUCAAGAAGAACCUUCUGAGGCGCAAUCUUCUGAAGAGGACCAACAGCCUCAUGGUGGUACCAUCACGAUACAAGAGUUGCUCAGGCCAUACGAACUCUUUGACAUGACGGGCGCGACCCAUGGCAUGUCCAAGUCCACAACCACAAGCCGAAGACGUGUUGAGGUCGCUUCCAAUGACAGCAAUAAGCGCCGUCGCACUGGUACAGAAGCAGGGGCAGGUACCGACCAGAAACCCAACGCAUCGUCCACGAGAGCAGCAGACUUCAACAUGAAAAAAUGGGAUCCAAAAGAUUUCUUUGGGUUCUUGAGCUUGGCAAAUUCUGACAUGACUGGUCUAACGAUUUCAACAGAGGAGAAUAGUCUUGCAUCAUUUCGGUUACAGGAAUUUCACACGACCAUGGCUACUGAAACGAUGAAAAAUGCAUUCGUCGGAAAUGAAUCCAGUUUGGAAGGACUCAUGAUGACACGAUUUAUAAGAUUGCAGGAUGUUUUUGCUUCGUGUCAACUGCCUGAGGAAUAUAGAGAGCUUUUUUUUGGCCGGAAAUGCGAUAUGGACAAAAAAUAUGCUUCGAAAGUUGGCCCUGACAAUGGUUCUGACAUGAUGUUCGCACACAUACGGCCUAAUGGAAAUGAACAUGCAGCACGGGUACCCAUGGAAAACAAAGCUCCGUGGAACUUUCCGGGUGGAUCAUUGACCUCAAUAGAAAAUGAUUUUGCCCGCCUUGGACGGGACCUGAACCUAUAUGACCUUGAGCCAGACACCCCAGUCACUUCCAGGGCAGACGGAGACACCACUGGACAAGUAGACAUUGGGAAUCCUCACGAAGGUGAAGACCAUGUGGAAGCAAUGCCCGAGGUGGCUAAUGGCGAAUCCGCAACAAACAGCAGAGUACCGACUCAUUCAAAGAGCGGGACGUACACAAUGAAACACAACGUCUUCCCAGUGCGUCAAAUUGUGUCAUACAUGUUGUCCAUGAAGACGCGAUACGGGAUUUUGUCAACGGGGUAUCGAUUUGACUUUCUCAAGCUCGAGGUGACUGACGACAGGAAAUUGGUUGUUCACAUUGCAGGUCCUUUUUGGUCUGUGAAACAACUAAACUCUUCUAUUAUAGCCGCUCGGGGAUAUGAAGGCAAGAGAAUAGCCACCGAGUAUUACACCCAUAUUCACAAAUAUCCUGACACACAAGUCUCCAUUUGCGACCCUGAUGUUCGGACGACAAAUAUUGGCGAAUAUCCCUUCUUGGUGGGUUUGUUUCGCUUCUUGUUUGCUGCAUCUGGUUUGGUAGAUUGCCGUGAUGGACGGGAAAGUCAACCUUACAACGAUGGUGAUCAUGAGGACGAUGGCAGUCAUAGGGAGGACGGUAUUGAUGAGGAUGAUGCUGAUCAUGGGGACGAUGAUAAUUCUCGCUCCAAUCAGGAACUACUACGCCCCCGAUCAUGCAUGCGAGUUUCUGAGAUGCCGAUAUGGUACGACGACUACAUGCGAAGAAUCAACCGACGACAGCCAAGCAAGGGAGGAGCCAAGGAAUAUGAAGAGCUGUGUAGAAAUAGAGUUGGUCUGUUUUCGUUCACCAGUGAUGAGGAGAGAAAAGGAUACAUUGAAAUGAUGAGAGACGAAUACCAAUGCAAUUGGCCAGAACCUGACACCAUUUUGAUUGUCGAUAAGGAGGGGGAGGAAUCAUCGUGGAAGCCAACACUGACACGAUUUGGACCACUGACCCUUGCCGAGCUUGAGGGUGGCAAUCCACGGCCAAUCGGAUCUGGCAGAAUAGGGGAAGCUGUCAGGGCAAAGAUUGGUAUUCUUGACAUCGCUUGCAAGUUGCUAUGUCGAAGCUUAUGGAACGAGGAGUACUACAACACUCGUAUUGGUGAGCUUAAACAUGAAACACAAGUCUACCACAUCUUGUGUCAUCUUCAAGGGACGGCGAUCCCUCGAUUUUUAUAUGUUGGCUCGAUAGUCAAUGCAUCGUAUUGGGUGAUUCCUGAACGUGGCGAGAUUGUUGCCUUUGCUACUACAUAUGAAGGUCGAUCUCUUGAGGACAUGGUUGCGCCUCAACACGCACAACGCUUUCGAUUGGAACCCAGUGUCUACAACCAAGCGUUCGCUGACCUUGAAGCGGUACAUGAUGCUGGCGUCGUCCACGGAGAUUUGGAAUUACGCAAUCUUGUCUUUGACGGUGAGAAGAUCAAGUUUAUUGACUUUGGGAAUGCGCUGCUUCAAAGUGAGUACGGUUCCGACAUUGAGUCGUUUGAGAAGGACAAGGAGAACGAUUUCAAACAGUUGAAAUCGAUGCUGAGUUGGAUUCGGCCUCUGGAGGAGACGGGGGAGGCUCGGUUUGCAGAAGAUAAGGAGCAUGCUCAAGAGUGUGCUCCUAUCAAUUGA